CAAACACUCGCAGUUUAGUGGAUGUCACAUCCUCACAGAAAGCGGAUGAGCGGAAUUUCCAAACAAAAUAUCUAAACAUAAACCCUAAGGAAAUAAUAAAAAUACAGCGGAUUUAGCCGCCAAGUGAAAAUGUUAAGAAUCUAUUAGAUACGGAAUUCUGGCAAGUGACAAGUGAUUGAUAUAACAAGUGAGGCAAUCAUCUGAAACCGGAAACUGCCAUUGCAAGCGAUUUCAAGAUGCGGUCAAGAGGAGUUUUGUUCCUGCCUUUUCUACUGCUGCAAUUAAUUUUCAACUGCCGAGACGCUCAUUCCCUGCCCGAUAUCAUCAAGAUUGGUGGGCUCUUCCAUCCCUCCGACGACCACCAGGAACUGGCCUUCCGUCAGGCAGUGGACCGCAUCAAUGCAGACCGCUCUAUCCUGCCGCGCUCCAAGCUGGUAGCCCAAAUCGAGCGCAUCUCUCCGUUCGACAGCUUCCAUGCCGGAAAAAGGGUUUGUGGCUUACUGAACAUCGGCGUUGCAGCAAUUUUUGGGCCGCAAUCCUCGCACACCGCUAGCCAUGUGCAGAGCAUUUGCGACAACAUGGAGAUUCCCCACUUGGAGAAUCGCUGGGACUACCGGCUGAGACGCGAAAGCUGCCUGGUGAAUCUUUAUCCGCACCCUAAUACGCUCUCCAAGGCUUACGUGGAUAUCGUGCGACAUUGGGGCUGGAAGACUUUCACCAUUAUCUACGAGAACAAUGACGGCAUCGUGCGGCUGCAGGAGCUCCUCAAGGCACACGGGAUGACGCCAUUUCCCAUUACUGUGCGCCAGCUCAGUGACAGCGGGGAUUACCGGCCCCUCCUGAAGCAAAUCAAGAACUCGGCAGAGGCUCACAUCGUGCUGGACUGCUCCACGGAGAGGAUCCACGAGGUGUUGAAGCAGGCUCAGCAGAUUGGCAUGAUGAGUGACUAUCACAGCUACCUGGUGACCUCACUGGACCUGCAUACGGUGAAUCUGGAUGAGUUCCGAUACGGUGGCACGAACAUCACAGGAUUUCGGCUUAUCAACGAGAAGAUUGUAUCGGAUGUGGUUCGCCAGUGGAGUAUCGAUGAGAAGGGUAUGCUGCGAUCUGCCAACCUGACCACCGUACGCUCGGAAACUGCUUUAAUGUAUGAUGCAGUGCAUCUAUUCGCCAAGGCACUGCACGACCUGGACACUUCUCAGCAGAUCGAUAUUCAUCCAAUAAGUUGCGAUGGCCAGAGCACUUGGCAACACGGGUUCAGUCUGAUCAACUACAUGAAGAUCGUCGAAAUGAAGGGCUUGACCAAUGUGAUUAAGUUUGAUCAUCAGGGUUUCCGGACCGACUUUAUGUUAGACAUUGUAGAACUGACUCCAGCGGGUAUCCGGAAGAUCGGCACGUGGAACUCCACGCUGCCCGAUGGCAUCAACUUUACGCGCACCUUUAGCCAAAAGCAGCAGGAGAUCGAGGCCAACCUGAAGAACAAGACACUGGUGGUCACUACCAUAUUGAGUAAUCCCUACUGCAUGCGAAAGGAAUCAGCCAUUCCCUUGAGUGGAAAUGAUCAGUUUGAAGGCUACGCGGUGGAUCUGAUCCAUGAGAUCUCAAAGUCGCUGGGUUUUAACUAUAAAAUUCAACUAGUACCAGAUGGUAGCUACGGAAGUCUCAAUAAAUUAACGGGGGAAUGGAACGGCAUGAUUAGGGAGUUGCUGGAGCAGCGAGCCGAUUUAGCCAUUGCAGAUCUCACCAUCACCUUUGAACGAGAGCAGGCGGUGGACUUCACCACACCCUUUAUGAAUCUGGGAGUGUCGAUAUUGUACCGAAAGCCCAUCAAACAGCCACCCAAUUUGUUCUCCUUCCUGUCCCCAUUGUCUUUGGAUGUGUGGAUCUACAUGGCCACUGCCUACUUAGGGGUCUCCGUGCUGCUCUUUAUCUUAGCCAAAUUCACUCCUUAUGAAUGGCCAGCCUAUACGGAUGCUCAUGGCGAGAAGGUGGAGAGUCAGUUCACUCUACUGAACUGCAUGUGGUUUGCCAUUGGAUCGCUGAUGCAGCAGGGCUGUGACUUUUUGCCAAAGGCUUUAUCCACACGGAUGGUGGCUGGGAUUUGGUGGUUCUUCACCCUGAUCAUGAUUUCCUCAUACACUGCCAAUUUGGCUGCCUUUUUGACAGUCGAGCGUAUGGAUUCCCCCAUCGAAAGUGCCGAGGAUUUGGCCAAGCAAACGAGAAUAAAAUAUGGCGCUUUGAAGGGUGGCAGUACGGCUGCUUUCUUCAGGGACUCUAAGAUCUCCACAUAUCAGCGCAUGUGGUCCUUCAUGGAAUCAGCCCGUCCUUCAGUCUUCACAGCCAGCAAUGGCGAAGGUGUGGAGAGGGUCGCCAAGGGAAAAGGAUCCUAUGCCUUUCUAAUGGAGUCCACCUCCAUUGAGUAUGUAACCGAACGCAAUUGCGAGCUGACGCAAGUGGGUGGAAUGCUGGACACUAAGAGCUAUGGCAUAGCCACACCACCCAAUUCACCCUAUCGCACGGCCAUCAACAGUGUAAUACUUAAGCUUCAAGAGGAAGGCAAACUGCAUAUCCUGAAAACGAAAUGGUGGAAGGAGAAACGCGGCGGUGGCAAGUGCCGUGUGGAGACCUCUAAAUCCUCUUCGGCGGCCAAUGAACUGGGACUGGCCAAUGUCGGUGGCGUCUUUGUGGUCCUAAUGGGCGGCAUGGGCGUGGCCUGCGUCAUUGCCGUCUGUGAAUUCGUGUGGAAGUCACGCAAGGUCGCCGUGGAGGAGCGCCUGAGUGCAAUACUGAACGAAUGAGAAAAGUCGUAAACCCGGGACGAAUGGGUCUAGGCGACAUGGGUCUCGGGAGAGUAAUCAAAAAUGCUAGUAGAAGUGGGAAUGUGCAAUCCGGUAGAGUAUAUAUAAAGAGCAAUAGACGAAAUAGGCAAUUUUCGACAACCCAAUCAACCGUAGUCUUUACCGGAUACUCUAGAUUUUUGGAUUCAAUGACCAGGAAUUUCGUAGAGUUAAGGGAAGCGGAGCCACCAAUGAAAGUUUGCACCAGUUUGGAGACGACGUGGAACCAGAUAUUUAUAUUGAUUCAAGCUACAUAUGAAAGACAUAUGUACCACUGGUGCAUAUACAUAUAUAUAUAUAUAUAUUAUAUAUUUAUACAGGUUAUACUCCCUUUCGCAACUUACUCGUAAUAAUCAUAUACAUAAAACUAUACACUAAAGGAACCACAACCAAUUGCAACAAAUCGAAAUCGUAUUGCAUUUAUAUUUGAAAGCAUUUUUGGGAAUUGACCUAUAGACGUAAUUGUAGCUAAAUUAUAUAUAGACAUGCAUAUUACCCAGAAGACAAGAUCAGCGAAUUCUUAACCCUAAGAUGCCGGACACAAUUUACACAAUCGAAAAGGAUAUUUUCCACAGAACUAGCCAGUAGAUCUAACCUAAGUGAGUUGUAAUUCUUAGCUUAAACAUAUUAAUCCAACUUUCUCCCUCUUCCCACAAGAACUUCUGUCAGUCCCCCGCCCCUCUAAGAUAUAAGAUUGUAAAAUGUAAUUACCGCUCAUACAGGCAAUUCUGACAAACAAUUUCAUAAAAUACUUACAAUUAAAUAAAACAAGUUAACAAAAA